ACUCUCUUUGACAUUGCGAAUGCAAGCUAAGCAACGCCUUACCUUCUAUUUAAUAUAACUUACGCUGAAUAGUCACAUGCAUAGAAGGGGCUUACCAUUAGCAAACAAAUUUCAUCGAUGUUCAACUAAAUAAAUAAAUCCAGUUAUCUUGCCCGUCUAUAUUUGUUUUGUUGGUGCUUUUGCCAGCCAGCAGCUCCGUCCUUUCCAGGGCUGGGAAAUAACCGUUAGCUUCGAAUACUCAAAUGCAACUAUGGCAACCGUUGCCAGCGGCGCCACUUUUCGUUUUGUUGUGGUUUUGCCUGCCGCAUUUGAGAGGAAAAUUCCGAGAUGACGCUGUACUUUGACACUAAAAUAGAGUUUCUCGACUCGGAUGCAGUGAGUACCAUCAGCAGUUGGCAUCCAAAUGAGCCGCUCUUUGCUGUAGCCUCCUUCAGCCAGGAACGAGGAGGUUCCGUCACCAUAUUUGCGGACACCGGUGAACCGCAAAGAGAUGUAACCUAUCCAGUGCAUGCCACAUCGCAGGCCACAGCCUUGUGCUGGCACCCGGAGAAGGCGCUGCUGGCCAGUGGCUGGGAGCACGGCGACAUACACGUUUGGUUUGCCGGUCAUCGGGAGUUUGCCAGCGUCAAUGCACCCCACAAGGCGGCCAUUGUGUUGUUGCAAUUCAGCGAGCAGGGCGGCCGCAUGGUAACGGCGGAUGCCAUGGGUUUAGUCACCGGCUGGCGCUGCGAUGGACAGUAUCAGUUUCUCACCAUGUUCUCGCACGAUCUGCGUGAAGUGCUGCUGUUGGUCUGCUUCCGACGCACCGUCGAGAGCGAGGUGCGUGAGGAGAUGGCAAAUCUAGCCAAGGCGGCGGUGGCAGGCGAUGAGAACGCCUUGGACACGCUCACCAACUGGCGGCCACGCACCGCUGCACGUGGAUUGACUCAUUCAGGUGUGCGGGACAAUCAUUGCUUCUAUGCCUGCACCCAGGGAGGCGUGGUGUACUACAUCAAUCAGGGCGGCGCCUGCGUCGAGGUGAUGAAGUGCGGAUCACUGCCGCCCAUAGUCCAGAUGCUUUGGCAUCCCAAAAAGGAUGCAGUCAUUUGCCUGAUGGAGGACUUGACUGUGGUGCUGUUCUUGGUGGAGUCCACGGGCAUUCUGACGGAACUGGAUCGCGUUAAGAUGAGCGGACGUGGCGGCGGCAGGCAGGGCGGCAUAGCCUGGUCGGGCAAUAGUUUGGCCAUUAUCACAGGCGAUCUCUUUGUGCGCAUUUGGGACAUUGAGCGCAGCGACAAUUAUCUCCUAAGAAUGGAUUUGCCCAGCUCUCGCCAUUUGAAUUCGACACUCUCCAGUGUGGCCAAUGUCACAAACACCAACACCUCCUCGUCCAACAAUUUCUACAGCCAGGACAGCAGCGAGAGCAGCAGCAUAUUGCCACGCAAGCCCAUAAAGUACGGCCAGCUGAGCAGCGGCGAGAUCUUCACCUGCCUGUCGUACAGCGGCAGCUAUCAGACUUUGUGCGCAGGCACGUCCCUGGGCAAUCUGUACACCUGGAAGCGCAGUGGCAGUCGCUUGGUGACUGCGCCCGAGGAUGUUUGGCAGCUUACGAACAUUUCUUCAGUGCGUGGCGCUGUCAGGACCUGCGAGUGGGGUUUCAAUGAGCUGUCGAAACCCUGCAUGCUGGUCAAUUGUCUCUCGAAUGUUUACAUGCUGAAGGAGCAGCCGCUGCUGGCGUUCCACACCCGCGAGCUGUGGGCGGUGCAGCGUUCGGCUAAGUCGGUGCAGCUGACGCACUGCAGCGGCCGACAGACGAGUGUUCAGUCCGAGUUUGCAGUGACAGCGUUGGCUCUGAACGAGCUGAGUCUGGUAAUGAGCAAUGGAAGGAGUAUCUCCUCGUACAGCCUACAGAAGGUGGACAAGAGCCUUGAUGAGUUCGACGAGGUGCUGGAGGCAGUGGCUGUAGACGCAGGCGAACCUCCCGCCUCCACGGCCUCACCGCCAUCGCUGAUCGUGAAGCUGCUGCAAACUUUUGCCGCCGAGUGCUUGCUGCUGUGCCUGCAGAACCAGAACAUCUUCUGCCUGUCCAGCAGCGACAUUAUGGUCUACUCCGUGGGUGGAGUUGUACUGCACCGCAUCCAGUCCAGCGACAUUGAAGGAAAGAUCAUUGGCAUGGACCUGAGUGGCUGCUACUUGUCCAUCUUCACCAUGAAUGGUUAUGUCAAAGCGUACGACGUGUCGCGACACGAUCCGAAGCUGCUGUUUUCCAGCAAGUCGGGCCACGACAUCUUCGAUGACUUUGGGGAGUUCAUUCUGGUGAAGUGCAACAGUCAGGGCAGCCACCUGGCCAUGGUCAUAGCCAACAGCAGCUUCAUGCCACGCUCUGCGCUCUUCUGCUGGGACUUUGAGCGCAACAAUCUCUUCGAGUACGAUCUGCAGGAGGAGACCAGUCUGCCGGUGAGACUCUUCUGGGAUACUGAGGAGCCGCGACUGCUGGCCAUGGAGGUGAAAUCGAUGAUGCAAAAGCCACAGCCAACAGCCAAGAACUCCAAUGCCCAUCAGCCGCCCAUGCACUUUGUUCAAUCGAAGAUUAUGCUGAUGUUCUACUCCGAUCAGAGUCAGGGUUCAUCGGGUCUGAAUCUGCUCGAGUCGCAGCCAAUGGCCGCUGGCUGCCAGCUGCUGAACCUCUGCGUGCCCAGCGUCGUUCGCUUGAAGAUCAAUGUGGUGGAAGAGCAGCCGCUGCAGGACUUUGCCGAUCUGCGGAAUUGCGAUGCAGUCACCAGGAAGCUGGUCCUCAACUUCAGUCUACACGUGGCGGAGGGGAAUAUGGAUCUGGCCUACCGCAGCGUUCGCUCCAUUCAGUCGAAAGUAAUUUGGACAAAUCUGGCCAAGAUGUGUGUCCACACGAAUCGCCUGGAUGUGGCCAAGGUGUGCAUGGGACACCUGGAGCAGGCACGUUCCGUACGCGCCCUGCGUCAGGCCAUGGAGGAUGAUGAUCUCGAAACGGAGGCCAAGGUGGCGGUGCUGGCCAUCGAACUGGGCAUGAUUGAGGAGGCCAAGGAUCUGUACAGACGCUGCAAGCGUUUCGAUUUGCUGAACAAACUCCUACAGGCCACUGGGCGGCUGGAUGAGGCGCUGCAAAUAGCCGAAACGGAGGAUCGCAUACACCUGAAGCACACUUACUACCAGAAGGCGCAGGCACUGCGCGAACAGGGCGACAUCAAGGGCGCCUUGGAGUACUUUGAGAAGACGCAGAACCCCUCGCAGAAUAUAACCCAACUGUUGAUUGAGAAUCCGGGGGCCAUGAAGCGCUACAUUCAGACCACCAGCGAUCCGAAGCUGUUGCGCUGGUGGGGCCAGUACAUUGAGAGCUCCGGGGACAUGGACGCCGCUUUGGCUGUCUAUCACAAGGCAGAGGAUUGGUUCUCACAGGUGAAAAUCCUCUGCUAUUUGGGCAAGAUCUCCAAGGCGGAUGCUAUAGCCAGGCAGUCGGGUGAUCGCGCUGCCUGCUACCAUCUGGCGCGCCAUUACGAGAACGUGGGCAAGUUCCAGGAGGCCAUUAUGUUCUUCACGCGCGCCCAGACCUUCAGCAAUGCCAUACGCAUCUGCAAGGAUAACGACUUUCAGGAGGAACUUUGGACUGUGGCCAGCUCUUCGCGGCAGCGGGACAAGGCCAUUGCUGCAGCUUAUUUUGAGGAGUGCGGCAACUUCAAGCAUGCCGUGGAGCUCUACCAUAGAGCAGGCAUGCUGCACAAGGCACUGGAGAUGGCCUUCGAGUCGCAGCAGCCGGAAAUCCUGGAGAUCAUUGCCACGGAGCUCAGUCCGGACUCAGAUGCGGAGCUAAUCAAUCGCUGUGCUGAUUUCUUCUGCAGCAUCGAGCAGCACCAGAAGGCGGUGCAUCUGCUGGCCAAAACGAAUCACCUGGUGCGAGCUGUAGGCAUCUGCACGGAGAAGGGUGUGCCCGUGACGGAGGAACUGGCGGAGAUGCUCACCCCCGACAAGGGUGUCUUUGAGGAGGCCACACGCACCUCCAUCCUCGUGCAGCUGGGAGAGCUGCUCCAACAGCAGGGCGACUACCACAGCGCCACGAAGAAAUUCACCCAAGCAGGGGACAAGAUGCGUGCCAUGAAGAGUCUCUUGAAGUCGGGCAACACCGACAAGAUUGUGUUCUUCGCGAACAUGUCACGGCAGCGAGAGGUUUACAUUAUGGCAGCCAACUAUCUGCAGGCCCUGGACUGGCAGGGCGAUGCCUCCAUCCUAAAGCACAUUGUCAGCUUCUACACCAAGGGGCAGGCGUUCGAUUCGCUGGCCAAUUUCUAUGCCAUUUGCGCCUCGAUGGAGAUUGAGGAGUAUCAGGAUUAUGGCAAGGCACUGACUGCCAUGCAGGAAGCCUCCAAGUGCUUGGAGAAACUAAGUCACGCUCAGCAUGCGUAUAAUAAUCUGCAGCGCACGGUGUCGGAUGUCAAGCAGAUCCUGGAGAUCCAGCAAGCGCUUCGGGAUGGCGACAAUCAGUCGGUAAUUGGCGCCUGUCGCAGCAUGUUGAUCAAGCCUGAGCUGCCUCCCAUUCGUCACUCCCACAUCCUAGCCAUGCUGGUGCGUGCUCUCGUCUAUGCCAAGCAAUAUCCGGAGGCGGGACGCGCUCUCAAAGAGCUGGCCGUAAAGGACAACUCGUGGAGCGCUUCGGGUCUGCUGGAUCGUGCACUCGUCCAGAAGGUGGCCAAGGAAUGCGAUUUGGACUUUAAUUUGAUCUGGAACUCUGGUCGUCAAGUGACGACAGCCACCACAGCCACCAGCAUGACGACAACAACGACCACAACCAGUGACGACGAUGAUGACGCUGAUGAUGAGGAGAUAAGAGAGGAACUGCAUUAGGAAUCGCAACCGCCCCCGCAACUAAAUCCGUCCAAGGGUCGCCUCCAGCGAACCUACGAGUAAAUUAAUGGGGCAGCAAUGAGCAAUCCAUACGAUUUCGCAAUAUUGCUCACAGCAACAGCGUUCCCUUCCCUCCAUUAGAUGUUUUUAUGAAUGAACUUAACGAGGGUCGAGUCUACGUAGUAAAAGCUCUCCACCACACACAAACGUAGGCUUCAACGCGUCACUAUAAAGUAAAUAUAAACAAAACACACUAGGAACGAGGCGACUAGGGGAAUACCUGGUACAGAAAACAAAUUAAAAAGCUGGAAAUACUGGGAAAUGUAAUUAAAAGAGAGUUACGUUGACUGGCUGGCAAUUAUAAUGAAAGUAUUAUUCAAUCGUUAUGAAACCGCGACACACUCAAUAGCUACAAUCAAAAUACCAAAGAACUAAAAUUUCCUAUCUUUAAAAGUGUACCAAGUCACCAAAGAUUCUUAUCAUUAAAAGUGUGACUAACGCAAACGUUUUCUGCGAA